CUGAGGGAAGAGGAUUGUGCUCGACUCCCCUCUUGUUUGAACCUCGGCCAGGUGGCAACAACUGACCCUUAAUUACGUUCCGAGUCCGAUAAAAAACGUCACAAAAACAUUUCUUUUAUGAUAUAUAGAGUCUAAAUUUCCUAUACCAAGAUUGUUCUACAAGAGAGUAAUUAUAUAUGAAAUAUCUUCAGUUUUCCCGUUCGAGUCCAUUAGUAGGACUUGUCGCAAGCAUAUUGCACGAAAACAAGUGGUUCAUCAUUCCAAAAAUUAUCGUUCCGCAGUUCCACCUUAGUGUUGAAGUUGCAGAGUACUGAGCUCGACAUCGGCCAGAGUCGCUCGUCUUCAAAUUCAUGCGCCUGCUAAGUGGUCUGCAAAGUUUGAUGGAAAGCUCAGAGACAAUUUGAAAUAAAACUAGACAGCUGGGCUCAAGUGUGCUGAGGUUACGUUCAAACACAGAUGGGGUGCGAAAUGUAGAUGCCAGAAUAUAAGGCAAGCUGGCUGUAUAACUUUCCAGUGACGACCUACUUCGAUGUAAAAAAUUUGGAAUAUAAAGAUUCUUUUGGUUUGGAAUGAACUUCUAUAUGUAUAAAUGCAGAAAAUUAGACGAAUUAGUCGUGAAGAUAUUUUUGGAUUCAUGAGAUUUUUGUGAUUACGAAAUGAAUGCUUGAUAUUUAACAAUCUGGAUAAUUGUUGUAUAAAUGAAAGAACUAUUUGAAAAAUUGCUCUAUUUGACAGAAGUCCAUUUCAUCCCGUAUAAGAAGUUAAAUUUAACAAGUAGUCAACGUCACUUAUCAAGCAUUGAAAGACUCGAUUAAAUAUCAAAGUGAAAUGAAAGCUAAAAUUUCAGCGAUAUUUAAUCUACAUAGAAAGGCAUUGAUGACGUCUCGAUCAAUGCAAGAUAAUAAGAACGAAAACGAACAAACUCUGGGCCAUGAUACAUUUGUAAACCGGAUAUUAAAAGGAGUGCGUGAAACUCAGGUUCCGAAAACCAAACUUCGAGUAACAUCCCGUGCUGAACUGCCCUUAGUAAAGCCAUGCAAUGACACGUUAAGUUUGACGUAUGUCGGAAAACCGCGUUUAGUUACUCGUCAAUAUAAUACAGUUCACUUGGUUUUUAUUAUCGAGAAAGUUUUCAAGUUUGUGUCCUUUCACGCACGAAAAAUCCUUGCAUCAUUUGCUGAAAGAUCAAGUGUCAUCGAGGACUUUAAAAUCAAACCAAAACCAAGGAGUGGAUCGAGAGGAUCCAUAUUUGGCCCGCGCACCAGCUUUGCAAUGGACGUAACUCGUCUGGUUCAGAUGUUCUUCACAGCCCUCAUGAUCAUGGGCGCAGCUACAUCAAGCAUCUCGGCAGAGGAGGAUGCGUCGUCUCUGCCGCGCUUCCUGGAGCCCAUCCCGAACAAGACGGUGGUGGUGGGCAGAGAUGUUAUCCUGCCUUGCUCUGUGGACAACCUCAAGGGAUACAAAGUGGCUUGGAUCUUCGUGGAGACGCAGACAAUCUUGACGAUACAUCACACGAUAAUUAGCAAGAACCCACGUUUUUCCUUGGCACGGAACGACCACAAACACUGGUACCUCCGCAUCACCAACGUCAAGCCCUCCGACCGCGGGUACUACAUGUGCCAGGUCAACUCUGACCCCAUGAUGAGUCAGAAGGGCCUCUUAGAAGUUCAGGUGCCCCCAGACAUCAUAGACGAGAAGUCGAGCAGCGAGGUGGUGGUGCAGGAGGGCAACGACGUGACGCUGCGCUGCCACGCCACAGGGUCGCCUAAGCCAACCAUAUCCUGGAAGCGAGAGGACGGCGGCCAGAUCAACCUCAGCAAGGGCAUCAACUUGAAAGUGACGGACUCGGAGGUGCUGCACAUCCCUAAGGUAUCGCGUCUGCACAUGGGCGCCUACCUCUGCAUUGCCUCCAACGACGUUCCUCCAUCCGUCAGCAAGCGUAUAACGCUCAAAGUUCAGUUUGCACCGGUGCUGUGGAUCCCGAACCAACUGGUGAGCGUGAGCCGCGGCAUGGACGUGGAGCUCGUGUGCCACACUGAAGCUUUCCCUCGCAGCAUCAACUACUGGAGUGGCACCAGCGGCAACAUCAUACUGAGCAGUGGCCGCUUCGACAGUAUCGUGGCAGAGAACGGCUACAAGGCCUACAUGAAACUCAAGAUCCGGGACAUGCAGCCUGAGGACUUCGGCACCUACGGCUGCUCGGCCAAGAACUCCUUUGGGGAGUCCAACGGAACAAUUAAAGUCUACGAAAUCCCGAGGGAGCUAAUUUACAACGCUCCACCGGCUAGAGAGAACGCCACCGUCGACCCUAACGCUGCUGGCUCCAAUACUCGUGGCGCUGGACGGCAUUCAUCAGGUCAGUGGCAGCUGGCGAACGAGAGCGAGGAGAACGACGAUGGUCCGGCCAUAACCAUCACCCCGGACGGAACGAUCAACUACGACGUCCGCAAACUCUUCCGUAACAACGCUAAAUCUGAGCGCCGAGCACCUAACAGAAGGCCCCCGUCUCUGUCUCACCCUCCGUUCUCCCUCUCGCACUCGCCUGCCCUCGGCUCGCGGUUGCCUCUCAUGUGCAUCACGUUGGGGGCAGUUCAACGCUAUUUCCUCUGGCACUAAAUGUCGUCACUUAAUGUUAUCAUCAUCAUUAAUUGAUGUGCUUUACUUGAGUGAUAUUUGCAUGAUGCGAUAUUACGUUCUGCCAAACAUUGUUACUCAUGGUUUUUGCCGAAUAGGACUUGUUUAAGAUGAGCCAUGAAUCUGAGUGAUGUGGCCAAAAAAAGAAUGCUGUGCAGUAUAUGAAAAAAUAAGACACGUAGAGAAUGUAAACAAAUGAUUGAGAAUUAAAAAGCGAUUUCUGUUUAUAAUUUUUUUAGUGAUUGCAUAUACUACAGUCAGUUUUUUUUCGUAGCGAACACGCCCUGUGUAAAAGAGGUCUGUGUAAUAUCAACAUCUCAUGAGUAGACGCCAGAUGGUGAAAACAUUAUCGUUCUGAAAGCUGCAUAAUUUCACUGAAUGUAACACUGAAAUUCGUUGUCGAGAUGAACUUAAUUUCUGAACCCAAAUCAAAACAGCAAAAUUUAUCUCAAGUAACAAUCACAUCAAAUCCAAUCCAAUUAAAUUAUUAAAUUUGAAUUAACAAUUUGGAUAAAUCAGAAGACAUCAAGCUGAUUGUUUCAAUAAAUUCAAUUCUAAAAAUAGUAAAUGUGAAAACCAGUUAGCAGUUAUGAAAAACAGUGAGUGAAGAGAACUAUAGGAAGGAAAAUAUUUCGCGCUAAACAAGUGGGAGUGUCAAAUCCGGCUCUGUAAGGACAUGAGUCACGAAAAAGAACAAUGCUGCUGAUGCGUUAGAAACCCAGUAAAUGAUAGGGCGCUGUGAAUCAUGUAAAUAUCAUGCAUCAUCUUUACUUCUAUCAUUGUCAAAGUAUUGAACUAAAUGUGCAAUCCAAGAUAGAAAAUUAAUAACAGAUUUAAAAUGUGGGUCUAAGUCCCGACUGUUACCUUCAGCAAACUAUUCACUUUGGUCCUUUGACUUUUCUCCAUAAUUACACCGUUUCAGUACUGAAAAUUUAUAAACCGACGAUUGUCAUUGCUGUAUAAAGUCUUAAAUUAUUACAUCGAGGGCGAAGGGCGUAAAAAGUAAGUUUAAUUACUAAAUCUGAGGGAUAUUUAUUUACUUAUGAGGAUAGUACUUUAUUUAACGUUCCUGAAAGUCGGGUCUCAAGGUAGUCUUUUGGUCCAUGGAAUUCAUCAGACUCACUAAAUCAAAUGUCGAACAGGCUUUAUAUUUUUUGAAGGUAAAGAGAUAUGCAAAGU